CCAAAGUCAACCUAAGUAACUCUUAAAAGGUCAUCUCACACACAAAAUCAUCACCCAAGAAAACGAAAGAAAAUCAUUCUAAAAUUGGAAAAUUUGGAAAAUAUUGUAUAGUUUGUUGUUGGCCAUCGAGGAAAUAUUAAAAAUUUACCAUAGAGCUAACAUAGUUUGUUAAAAAAGUCUCCAACAAGCAUUUUUCUUAUUGAAAAGCAAGUGAAAAAGGGAAACACCACACAACAAAGGAAAGCAAAACAGAUUCAUAGACACCAAAGUAAAGACACCAACAGCAACAACAAAAAACUGUGAAGCAUUCACAAGCAAUAUCAUCAACCACUGAAAAGAAAAAGACAUCGAUUUGACGACAUUCAUCUUCCACCACAACCAGCCAACAGCUAGUUGAACAACGAGUGGUGGUCGGGUCGUAGUAGUGGUAAGAAAGAAACGAUUGCUGCAUACAUUGAGAUCUGCGUCAUUAUUUGUCGAGAGAGAAACACAACAGAUAGUUAAAUAGCUCCUCUUCAGUAUCGAACGAAAGAAGGAAGUGGAACAGCUGAUUGAAAAAUGACCAUAAAACCUGUAGUUGCUGCACCCCAAAAACGUACGGGCAAUUCUGCUGCUGGAGGAGCCGAUGGUGACAAAAAGGAUACACCCAAUGUUGGCGAUUCGGCGAAUAGCAAUCAUCCAUCAACGAAUAGGGUGUCCAGUGUACAUGCUCAUCGUAAUGUGGUAAUAGAUAACCAUGGACAGAGCCCCCAGCGUAGAGUAGAUGUCUAUGAUGACUUGAGUCGUCAUCGUCGAAGUCCGCAUAAAACAAAUCGCAAUAAACGUCGUGAUCAUUUGGCCGAACAUCAUCAUCACAAACGUGAAAGGGUGGCGGAUAAACACAAUUUGGUCCCAAAAUGUAAUAGUCCUCAUGGGAGUGGUGGUAGUGGUGUUGGUGGUGCUGGUACUAGUUCCUCUUCGGUGUCGGGUGUAAAUGCAACAGCUGUGGCCAACAAUGCAAUCUCCCAUUCAUCGGCUGCAGUGGGCAACAAUUCCCCAGAUCAUUUACGCUUGGGUUCCCCAAAUCACGCUACAAAUUCCCAGACCACAGCCGUAGCCCAGGCCGCUAGUGGUCUUUUGAAAGCCAUUGAAGAUACUUUUUCGGGUUAUAAUUCUGGCGAUGAACAUUUACAGCCAGCAGAGGCUAAAACCACCGCCGAUGAAUGGCAACGUAAAGAUGAGCAAUUUGCUAAAUGUAUGGCCGAUCGUGGUUACAUUUUGAAACAGGUCGAAGAGGACGGAGCUUGUCUAUUUCGGGCUAUUUCUUUGCAAAUCUAUGGAGAUGAAGAGAUGCAUGAUGUCAUACGGCAGCACACCAUGGAUUAUAUUUAUAAGAACCGUGAAUACUUUAGUCAUUUUGUUACUGAGGACAUCAACAACUAUAUAAAACGCAAACGACGCAAGGAGUCUCAUGGCAACCACAUUGAAAUCCAAGCUGUGUCAGAAAUCUAUAGUCGUCCCGUUGAGGUCUACUGCUACAAGCCAACUCCUAUUAAUAUUUUCAACUCUGAACAGCUUAACAAUGGUUAUCCUCCACUACGUUUGUCCUAUCAGCGUGGCUCACAUUAUAAUGCCAUUUUGGAUCCCUAUAAUGCCACAGUGGGAGUAGGUCUGGGUUUAGCUGGCUAUAAACCAGAACUACAAACAAAGGAAGCUGUGCGUUUGAGUGAACAAUUGGAAAUUGAACAAACAAUGUUUGAAGAUAAACUCAAAACAACAGAUUGGGAGGCUACCAAUGAAGCAAUAGAAGAACAAAUUGCCAGGGAAUCUUAUUUACAGUGGUGUAGGGAGAAUUUACAGAAAACUCGAAAUCAAACAGCCAACACAGCCUCAACAUCGGCCACUGUGACAUCGGGGCAAGCCGCAACAGAUUGUGAAGCUUCACCCUCUAAAUAUGCCAAUACACAACGUUUGAAUCCCAUUAUGGCGAAUAGUACGGUCACAACUUUACAUGGCAACUCUUCAUGUUCCUCGUCCGCAUCGACACAGGUUGGAGAUGGCACAAAUGUCAAUUUGGAACAUGGUUUUUCCGGUAACUCUGGCGCUUCACCCAAACAUUUGUCUUCGAAAAAGUCCGAUGAAAUGGGUUAUGAAACUGAUGAUACAGAUAUGAGUAGUACUAGUUCCAGUGGUGGUGGUGGUGGAGGAGUUGGUAGUUGUUCGCCAUCCUCAACAAAUGCUAGAAGUAAAAAAUGCAAAUCAAGAUUAUCGAAUGCAAAAAUGGGGAAAAAACGUAGACGGGAUACACAAACAAAUGAGGAUAGUAGCAAUAACCAGCCUCUGCCUCAUAAAAGUCCUAAAUAUGACAGCUGCAGCGGUCUAGAAAAACGUUCUGUCACACCAGAUUUUGAACAUCAACAACCCUGCACCUCAAAACAAUCGAAUUCACCGGGCAAACAAAGCACUGCCUCCACAUCAGCAUUGCCCAAUACUUCUGCAACUACCUCUGCCUCAUCAACGUCUGCCAGAGCGAAAAAUGAAGAACAUACAAGUAGUUUUUAUCAAGAACUUUUGGAGGCUUCCUAUGCAAGUGAAGCAGAUUUCGGUCAGCUCACUGAAUCGGAAAUGUUACAACGAGCAAUACAAAUGUCCACCCAAGAUUAUAUAGAAGAUCAAAAGCGUAAAUAUCUCUAUGGACCAUAAGUGUUUUUUAAGGCAAAUAAUAAAAAUUCAAAAUUAAAAUCUAAUGCACUGUAGCAGAAAAAAAAACAACAACAAAAAAUUACUGUUCCUUUUUUACUAGCUCUUAAAAUAUAUAUAAACAUAAAAGGAAAAUUCUAUUAUUUUUUAUCAUAUUUUCAAAAUUAAAAAAAAGUAGUAUCUAUAGAUUUACAAUACUAUAUCUAGAUAACAUUUUGAAUUGAAAACAAGAAUAUAAACAAAUCUAGUAGUUAUGUGUCAGAGAAACAAUGAAAGAAAAGCAAAUCAAAAAUUAAAAUUAUCUGAAAAAAAAACAUUUUCAAAAAAAAUAAACAUAAGAAAAUCUAUUUGGCAGAAGACAAAAAUUAAAUAUUGAAAACUUCAAAAUAAACACAAUAUACAAUUAACGAAAGCAAACAAUAUAAUAAUCAGAAAAUAAUAGAUGUUGUCCCAUUACAUCUAGCACAAUUUGUCGUUAAGUGGAAUUCAGCACAUUUGAGUUUAAACGGAGAGUAUGAAAAUUAAAUUUGAUAUUUUUUCUAUAUUUCCUUUUGCAUUUAACAUAACAAAUAAAUUCUUUGUGGCUUAUAAUUUAGUUUAUAUUUUUCUUAUUGAAUCAUGUCUAUUCUAGAAUUACAUUAUCAUUUAUUUUCUUUCUUUGUAUUCACAUAUAUAUUGUUAUAUUCUUAUUUGAUUUUUACAAGGAUUACAAAAGUAUUUGAGUUUUUGGUUUUUUUUUAAAUUCUUUUGAUACUCUUGAUUUUUUCGAUAUAUGAAAAUCGUACUACAUAUUUUUUGCUGGUGCAUAUAACUGAAAUUAAAUCUUGAAUAAAAUAAAAACAAAUUAAUACAUAUAUAAUUUUUAAGUUCAUAAGUGUAGUAUGUAUGUAAUUUUUUAUAAGCAUAAUAUCAACAAAAAAAAAAUAUAUACACAAAACGGAAUACAAAUAAAUUCUGAAUAUUGAAAAUCUAAUA